GUGAGUGCCGUGAUGCUUAUAAGACAAUUUGGGCCACGACUACGGUCGCUAUUGUCAAUUGCCCUAGCCCAUAUGUCGUCUGAAUCUGAGCCUCGAAUGCUUCAUGUGUCCCCCCAACAGGACAAGGAGGGCUCAGAGACAUUGGAAGAAUCCCAAUCUGCCAAAGAUUCCAACCUUUUCUCACACCCGCAUGAAUUUCCAGAAGGUGGUCUGGCUGCUUGGGCGACAACCUUUGGAGCGUUUCUUAUGCAGUUAUGCGGGAUUGGUUAUUCCACUUCAUUUGGUGUCUACCAAGACUUCUAUACCCAGCAUUACCUCACAAACCAGACGUCGUCUGCCAUAUCAUGGAUCGGGAGCCUGAACACAUUUUUAGUCACCGCUGUGGGCCUGAUAUCAGGUCCACUAUAUGACCGAGGAUAUUUCUACCAUCUUGUAAUUGCUGGAUCGCUUCUGCAGAGUUUCUCUCUUUUCAUGUUGUCUUUGUCAAAACCCGAUCAGUACUAUCAGAUAUUCCUUGCUCAAGGUGUAGGCAUGGGUAUCGGGUCGGGGCUCGUGUAUGUCCCAAGUAUAGCUGUUGUUUCGCAUUAUUUUCGACGGAGACGUACCCUAGCUAUGACGUUCGUCGCAUCGGGCUCGUCGCUGGGUGCUGUCGUCCAUCCGAUUAUGCUCAAUAACAUCCUGAAUGGUCAUCUUAGUUUUGGAAAUAGCGUCCGUGCAAGUGCAGGGCUUGUCAGCAUACUACUCCUGAUUGCAUGUCUAUGCAUGCGAACUCGUCUUGAUCCGCCGACGACACCAACAAACUAUAUUGUGGCAGCCAAAAAAUCCAUUCGUGAUGCACCAUUUAUUUUCAUGAUAGCAGGGGGCUUUUUUUUUCAGACUGGCUUCUACUACCCGUUAUUCUUCAUUCAACUCGACUCUAUCAAGCACGGUCUCAGUGUCACUUUCUCAUUUUACUCUUUGGUGAUUUUGAACGUGUCCAAUUGUGUGGCACGGGUCACGUCAGGCUUCAUCGCCGCGUUCACGGGAGUCCCAAACUUGGUCAUAGUUGCGACAAUCUCUGGAGGUGUGCUUAUUUUGAGCAUGAUCGGAUUGAGUAGCCUUGCCAGCGUCGUUGUACUUGGUAUGAUGUAUGGCUAUUUUGCAGGGUUGUACAUUGCAAUGAUGGCUCCGCUUGUGGCUACUUUAACGCCCGACUUCUCUGAGCUUGGCGCACGCAUGGGCAUCGCUUUCUUCAUUAGCGGAUUUGGAGCCUUGAUCGGAACACCCAUAUCUGGCGCUCUGCUGACAUCGAAUUAUACUUGGUGGAUACCGGCCGUGUUCUCCGGGGUUGCUUCAGUGAUUGGUGGUAUAAUGUAUACGAUUAUGCGGUUUAUAUUUGUCAGAAGGCAGAUGAACGAUAAAACAUAA